AUGGACCAGCCUGUUAACAUCUCUCCAAAAGGCUAUGUUGGUGUUUACACCGUGUUCUUCAGUUCUGGACUCCGCCUACCCUUCUUUGAGUUCUUAAAUUCCAUUCUUGGGUUCGUCUUUAUCUUGUUUCGUCAGUUUUAUGUAACUAUGGAAAGCGGCGAUUGGAUAUCUUUUCCUUUGCCCUCCGGAGUUAUCGAAAUACACGACGGGUUACCCACCUCUAUCAAGAAAUGGAAGACUGAGUUCUUCUUUGUAGAUGCAUCUUCUUUUAAAGUUGCUAUGCAUUUUGAAAGCCUCAUAAACCGUGACCAUGGACCUAACCCCGAACUUACUGUAGAUGAUCAGUACACUAUAGACCGAUUGGUUGCUAAUUAUAUCAAAUGGUAUGAUCCUGACGACUCGAUUCUCCAACUUGCCAUAAAAUCUACACGCUUCUUGAACGCCUUCUCCAAAAACAUAAUACCCAUAUUCCAAGGUUGUUGA